AUGUUGCAGACAAAGUCCUUUGUUGUAAACCUUUUCCAAUCUGUUAAUCAAGCUUACAUGCAAUUGUCGGAAUGUUGUAAAGAACUUACGGGCAAAUGUCGAAAUUUUGUAAAAAUCUCUAGUUUGGCAAUUAAACCAAUACGUUUGGAAUGUCAAAUCACUCCCACUAUAAAAGGAGCUAGGAUCAAUCAUCCGGAGGAGCAGUUACAAAAUCCAAAAAACUCGAGCGGUCAGUCAGUCUGA